CAAGGGUUUCAAUACUCAAAAGGCCUGCUUCAAAUGCAUGGGAAGGGGUGCAUGGAGUUUGAAGGGAACUGGGGAAGACCAGAGCAUUCAAAGAGAUUUGUAGACAUUAUCUUGGCUGGUAAGCUUUGCAACAAGAAUUUGGCCCUUUGAGGACCACCGGAUGCCCAGCAGCUAACCCAGAGGGAUGAGAGAUGAGUGGAGGGAGUUGACAGUGGUACGAGGCUAGGCUAGCAGCUCUCUUUGGUGUACAGCAGGAGGGUGGGGAACCCAAGGGUCACAUUUCCUCCAGUGAAACCUUCCACACGCCAUUGGUGGGAAGGGCCAGAGGCAAAUGUGAGCAGAGCAACAAUGUAAAUGUUACCGUUGUACAGGACGCUAGGUUCUGUCCUCCAUCUAGAUGAGCAAUAAGCAUUAUCAGAGUUCAAAGACAUAUUCCAACCAGUCAAAAACCAGGGGUGCAAAGGGCUGGUAAGGAGUGUGGUGCAGAAGAUGGCCUGGGGAGAGGUUAUAAUGGGGUCUGAGGUGCUCUUUUCCUGGUGUACAGCCUGGGAGCUGACUCACCACCUCAUCCUCUUCUUAAGAAUCUCCUUCACCAAGGUUUUACAACAACCCUGGAAAGUAGGACACUACUAUCACCACCAUAUUCUGGGUGAGGACUGAGCAAUGGCCUGCCCAAGGCCCUUCGACGAGUUGAUUAUGGCAGAUGGGGUUUUUUUUAAAGGAGAAGCUUCCUGGUUCAGCUCUGAAUCUCUUCUAGGAACUGCACCAGCUCGUCAGCCUGGCCUGGCUCCGCAAGCCGUUCAGCCCAACUCUGACGGGUGACUGGCCUCGGAGAAGGGUCGCUGCUGUACCCCGCCCUCUGCAGCCUGUUACACAAACGGGGCGCCGCCGGGGAGAGAGCGAGAGCGAUCUCCUCCUCUCCUUAUCGUACUUGCACGCCGCAGUCCGUUGUGUAACCCGACCCACACAGGCUCUUCACAAAGGCGACGCCUCGCCCCUGCUCUCUCCCUCCCGCUGCUUGGGCACAGCCAGAGCUCGAGAGAGGCUGAAGCCCAUUGGCUCGCUCCUCGCGUCCGCCCUUGCAAGACGGCGAAGUUCCGCUCCGGGAAGGUAAGGGAAACAAAAGGCGGCGCGUGGGGGGCGCCCGAGCCGCGCAACUUUGCCAGGGUGGUCGCGUUCUGUUGCAAAGCGGGACGUUCCAUCCGCUCGGACAACGGAAUGCCUCUCAAAGAAGCAAAACGGGCUCAAUGGCUCCCCCCCCCCACAGAACACACACAGCAUGCAGCCAAUUAAACCACGCUGGGCUGCGUCGAGGCGGAAGGUCAAGCCAAGCCACCUCUCCGUCUUUUUAGAAACGUUAACAGCAAAGACCCCUGUGUCACCCUGAAGCGUGACCAACCGAACGCCCUUGGAUUGUGGCGGGAGAGCUUUCCUGCGCGACUCUAGUCCGCGAAAGCUUGUAUCAUAUGCCGUCUGUGCGAAGCGUUUUCGCAGGCUGCAGCAGCAGGGCUCUCUUGCUGUUGCUGAGUUUUUUUAAAAAAAAUAUUACUGUAAUUCUAGAAAUGUACAAUGAGCCUCCCUACAGUGUUACCUAUUCUCCUCAUCUGUUCAUCAUAGUGUAACAAAUUGAGACUAUGAAUACGUAUUAGAACUUCAGAAUGGGAAUCAAGAUUCCUGUUGUCUGUGGAGCUGGAAGUAAUUUUUUUACAAAACAAAACUGAAAACAGGAAAUAUUUCAGUCAAGAAAAAACAUCUUGCCUAUGGGAAAUUCCCAAUGGAAUUAAAUGAAGCGAUCAAAAAUAACUUGUUUAUUCCACCUAUCUUUAACAGAGCAUUCAGGCUGCAGGGCGUGUGAAAUAUUUUUUUCCUGAUCUCCUAUAAAGGCGAACAGUAUCAGAAUUUUCUGUUUGAUAAGAAAUCUGUUCCUCAGCAAACUCUAGUUUAACACCAGGCUCUCAAUGGGACUAAAAAGUCUUUAGUUAUAAUCCUAAAACUACUUGAAAUGAAUGGGACAUACUGUACUUCAGGGGAUGGGGAAGCACACUAAAUCUGUUUUCUGAUCAUUAUCCCUGACUGCUUACUAGAGAAUCUGCUGUCUGGUACACAGCUGUGAAGUGUAAUUAUGUAGGUAAGGGUUUGCCAGAUGAAAAAAUAAAACAUGAGAAUUGCUUUGCCUUAAAUAAAGCUUGAGUGACUGUCUGGCAGGCAGGGAUGCUGUAGUCACAACCAGCAUUGCACAUCCUGCAUUGAACAGUGAGUUGAGACUUGAUGGCCUCUAAGAUCCCUUCCAAUUCUAUGAUCAAGGCCUAUCUACUACAGCAUCUUGUCUCCUACAGCAGAUGAUGAGCAUCCCCUAUUCUUUGUUUCCAGCAUCCCAUACGCAAGACAUAUAUGCUAAUUCUGAACAUGAAGCUUCUAACGGGUCAUAAGUGGCCUACCUGAAGAACAGCAGCAGACUGCUAAGGGGAGAUAAAUUUGCCAAAUUAGAUUGCCAUGGUCUUAACAGCAUUCUUGAUAUAGUAAAAUGGCUUACUCUAACUUUAAAAUGCUAAUAACAGCAUCCUCGAAGGAAAGAUCAUUGGAAAAGGAGCAUCUGCAUCUGUCCCUCAUUUUAACCAACACAAGAAAAAAGAUCUUUGCUUUAUUUCCUUUAACCUACAGGAGGAAACACAUCUCAAGUUGAGAGUAAGUACCUCCCAAUGUGAAAAUAACUAACGGUGUACAAUUACCAAUUUUCAGUUUCAAAGGCAAAUCCGCAAUCCGUAUUUGCUAGAACUGUCUGGCUGAGGAUGUGGGUCCAUGCUCUUGGCUUCACAGCCUUGCCCCAUCUUGGUGGAUUCCUGGGCUGGUUCUUCACUCGGAAGGAAGUGCCCACGUGGUUUGAAGAUCUGAAGAAACCGUCAUGGCGGCCGCCCAAUAAAAUGUUCCCAGUUGCUUGGACGACACUGUAUACAAGCAUGGGGUAAGGCUUCCUGGGCAGCCCCUUCCUCUUCACUCAAGGCUCCAGUCCUAAGCACAUGCUAGAAAGCAAGCCCAACUGAAUUCAGUGGAACUUAGGUCCAAGAAAAAAUACAUGGGAUCAGACUGACAGCUAUUCCAUUUGCCUCUGCUGCUUCCAUGGUAGCCUUUGUAGCAACUAGUUGGCUGAUUUCCUCUUUGCGAUGAGUUUUAUCCAGUUAGUCACACUCAAUUAGAUCCAUGGAAUAGACACAACUAACUCAGGUACCUUCAUUUCAGUGGGUUUUAGUUGGUGCUACCUGUUGCAAUUAAUCCUGACCCAGUGGCUCCUUGCUUCCGUCUCCCUUCUUGCAUUUCAUGUUGGGAAUGGCUAUCCUAGAGUCCCCUGCAAUGGAUUAAGUAGUGUCAGGAUGCUGCCUUUAAUGAGGUUGUUCCAGUCUACUGUCUCCAUCCAGGAGGACAGAAGUUGCGACUCUUAGGUUGCAAUCCUAAACACACUUUCUUAAGAGUUAAGUCCAAAGUACCAUUGAAAGUGGGCCUUACUUCUGAGUAGACAGGUGUAGAAUUACACUUAAUAUCUUAGACCCUUCUGCACUACUUCUUUAAUGCAGAUUCCUUGGGGGCUCAGAACUCCUGCUAGAUUGGUAGUGAUAACCAAAAAUGAUGCAACAUUAAACUAGCUCUGGGAAAUACAGUAAGCCCACAACUUACACACAUUUAUAUUGUGCACAUUUAGCUUUACACAUGUAGCAAAAAACUAAAAAGGGGUGGAAAGGGGGCUGGGUUCCUGGGGAAAUGACGUUGGCAAUCCCACCUGCCUUUGAACCCAAUGGGUUUUGAUUAUACAAAAUUUUGGCUUUAGGUGCGAUCCCCAGAAUGUAACCCCCAUGUAAGUUGAGGGCUUUCUGUAGUGAAAUUCUAGCUAUAUUGAUAAACUAAGUGCUUGUGCAGCAGCACCAUAGAUUUGUUAUGUCUUAUCUUUGAGAUUUCUACUGAAAAAGCUUCAAAUGUACUUAGCCAUCAUCUAAGCUGCAUUUCACUGGUGUUAAGGCUUACACGGGAAGGGUUGCUCAGAGUAGUAAUCCUACCGAAGCAAAGCUGAUAAUGUGGCAUUCAAAAGCAAAGCAUUGUCUGGUUUCCUUUUCUGCAGGUAUGCUUCAUAUUUGGUGUGGAAGGACCUUGAUGGCUUCAACAGUCAAGCAGUUGUCCCACUGGGUCUCUAUGGAGCUCAGCUUGCACUGAACUGGGCAUGGACUCCUAUAUUUUUUGGAGCUCACAACCUAAAGCUGGUAAUGUAUCCCAAACAUUUGCUGUACCAUUAUGUUGCCUGUAUUGCUGUUACCUUUUUGGGACCUCCAGUGAGGCUGACUAGGAAACUGCUGGGCUAAAAUUGAUCAAUGGAAUGUGCAGACUCUUUAAAAAAAAUCCUCUAGCAGGGAUGUUUAUCUAAACGCACACAUUAUGUCCGGGCCUCAAAAUAUACUGAGUUUCUGUUAGAAAUGUCAAAACUAGGAAGGUCCAGAGUGAGGUUUUCAGUUGUUGAGCCAGUGGGACACAGUGCUUCAAAUGUUAGACCAGAACUGUGGAGAAACCCACUCUGCCAUGAAGCUCACUGAGUGAACAUGGGCCAGUCAUAAGCUCUCAUCUUAAGCUACCUCACAGGGUUGUUGUGGGGAGAAAAUAGGGGCAAAGUCCCCUGUAAGAAAAACAGGAUAUAAAUGUAACAAACAAACUAGAACUACUUCCUUUACGGCUUUGUUCUUUGCUCUCUCUGGCCCCAAGCCCUUGAUUUUCUGUCCAUGUUCCCAAAGGGUAAAGCAGAAAAAGAGGGCAAAACAACCUGCUACAGAACAAAGCAGGCAGAUAGGUUAAUGUGUUUUAGUGGUGAUUAAAGUUCCCUGGGCACACAAUACAUGAGUCUUCAAGUGAGGUCUUCCAUAAUGUUUGUAGCUGGCAUUUAGUUACAAGAGCAAGGAGAAUUUGAUGAACUGGGGCAAAAGGCUUGCAUGGCUUGUAUCCACUUUGCAGCUGGCUCCUGCCAGUGAUAUCAGCCCCUUGCAGUUCUGUUUACUGCCUUCAAAAUUAAAGCAGAUGGCUGCCUCGAGAAGGGUGUGAAGCUAGCACCGUUAUGAUCGGGGUGAUCCAUAUUUUUCAGUUGAGAAUGGUGUGUCUUGAGAUAAGCAGCUCUGAGCACCACACCUUGACCUAAUCAGCAAGCAAAGGCCAGAGCUUCAGUGCGCUCAUUAUUCAUAUGUACCUUAUUAAACUGUAAAAUGCCAAAGUGUUAAUAAGAGAAUAUGUAUGAUAGGAGUUGUUUGGAUUAGCACAUUUAGACACUUAGCGCUGCAUUAGAGAUGAAGAAAAGGAGAGCCUGGAGUGUUCAGAUGGCUAAAUUCCAGCCUCUAGGGAACCGAGGAAGAAUGCCAACAUUUCUAAGCACAGAUGGAAGUGACAAUACAACUUGGAAAAUUUGGUAAUAAGGGUAAUAACUCUUAUCCGGCUCUGGUAAAGGGAAUAUGGCCCACCCAGCCCCAACCUAUGCUCUGCUGUCUACUGGCACAAUAGCAUAAUAUCUGGUGAAAGGAUUCUAUAGUUGACACCUGGGAAAACCUUGCUCUAACACUAUGAGCUGGAUCCACCCUGUGCACUGAGCUAGCCGCCAUCACUACCACUAGUGCCUGCUAAAUAAAAGCUGCUGUCCCGAUUCCUGCAUUGUGCAAAGAUCUUUGCAAGGGAGGCAGGGAAAUGAGGGGACCAGCAACUUGUUCCAGUUGCCAAUGGAGCAAUGCUUCCACUGACAAAAAGCUCUGGCAUGAAAAGCCUGAGAGGUAUAUGGGAGCAGAUGGGGCAGUCCUGGAGUGCUCAGCCACUUGCUUUGUGUAGGAUCAUUCUCAGCCUUGUGGUAAAAGAAGAGAUUGCGUCUUUUGCAUUCUGUCCAGUGUGUCAAUCAUUUAGACAUUGCUAUUUCUCUUUUCCAGGCCCUGAUCGACAUUGUGGGUCUUUAUGGGUUAGUGCUGGCCACAAUAUAUUCCUGGUACCCUAUUAACAAAACAGCAACACUGCUGAUGCUGCCUUACCUUGCCUGGCUGACCUUAGCUUCUUCUCUUACCUACCGUAUCUGGAAAGACAAUCCUGAAAAGGGAAAGAAGAAAGAAUAAGGAAGGAACUGGGGAAAUGGACAUAUUUGGCGAAACCCUUUGACCCUGAGAUCUGGUACUAUGGAAGGAAGUUAAUUUAACUGGCACAAAAGCAUUUAGCAUUUAAGGGUUGGGAGAUGGGGAAUCCUUUACAAAAUGCAAUGGCACAUAUUAAGAAGACUGUUAUACAUUCUGAGUUUGAAAACCACAGUUCCCAUCCUCAUUCAAAGCACUAUUUUAUACAUGUUUACUCAGAAAAGUCUCACUGAAUUGACUGAAGCCUAAUGAGACGAUGUUGUUAGGUAACAUUUAUAUAGAUAAGCCCUUCUUACAACUUUGGAUUAGCUUUGUUUUGUUUCACUGAAUUGUAGUUAGAAGACUACUUCAGAAGAAUCUGGAGGCGCACUAGACUCAUUAAGAGUUGAACACCCAUAUAUGUAUUGUACUAAUGAGGGUUGCUUCACACAUUCUUGCUUUUUAGGUGCAUACAUUAACUUUUCCUCUCCCAUUUCCUCCCCUCUUCAUUCUUUUCCCCAAGUGCCAUAAUUUAGAUUGUAACACAUUGGGGCAAGGACCUAUUUUUUUUGUUGGCUUCAUUCCAAUAGCCUAUAAGCAGUGCAAUCCUACAUAUGUCUAUUUGCGAGUAAGCUUUAUUGAGUUCAGUAGGGCCUACUCCCAGGAAAGUGUGUAUAGGACUGAGGUGCAAGUCUUUAUACACCUAAACAUGUAAAGUGUGGAUGCUUAAGCACUGGUUUUUGGGUUUUUUGUGGAGUUGGGAAUAGCCUCAGGCACUCUGUUAGGUGGAUACUCAGUGGCAUAGCUGGGUGAAUGUAUGAAAAGGCUCAGAUGCUGGGAAUGGAACAGGAAUUAUUUUCACCCGACAGGAGGGCUUGCUCUGUUUUUCCAAGUCAGUUAUUACAUGGGCAGAUGGUUACACAUGAAUGCACCAUGAUGAGCUAUUUCACAAGCCAUGUUUUCAUUUGUUUAAAGUAAAGGAAUUCAGUUCUAGUGCUGGGGACAGAACCGAGCAACUGCUGGAAAUGGGUUUGAGUCCCCAAAAGUUAUAGUAUUAAUAUAUAUGCUUUUGCUGCUUGAGAUUAACAUGGUCAGCCCUUUGGAAAUAGAUUUAAUAAGUUGUGGGGUUUUUUUUAAAGUGGGGGAGCUGAUAUUAUUGCUUCUUUCUCCCAGUAGCUCUUGGUGCAACCUGAAAUCUGUUUAGCAUCCAGCAGAGGCUUACUUAAUGAAGUUUGCCCAAUACCCUCUUAACACUGCUACAAACUGCAGACUUUGGGGCUUUGACAUCAUAUUCUGCUUUUUCUCCCCUUUGCAUUGUUUUGUUGAACAUCCAGCCUGACUAAGUGUUUCAGGCAGUGUAUUUUUCUAGAAGAGGCACCAGAACUCACCAUGAAUGCCUCCUUUGUUCCCUUAAAAUGGCAAUGACGCCCACCUGAGAGGUGCCGGAACUGAGUUCCGGCAAGUUCUGGCUGAAAAAAACCGUUUCUGGGGAACAUAAGCUUGCUCAUGACUUUGUGAAUUUUGCUUUGUCAUAAUAAAGGUAUUGUCCUACUGUG